GGAUCUGGGAGGAGAACUUUCCUGGUGACGCUUUGCUUUUCUUCUGCUCUUGGUGAGAAAAAGUGCCUCCUUCUUCCCAGGAUCAGGACCUCUGCCAUCCAGCGCCACAAAGAGACAUUCUGCACACACACGCGGGCGCGCGCGCGCACCCACCCACACACAUACAUACUCGCCCAGAGACAAACUUAAGGUGAGGAGAAAGAGCGCUAGCUUCACUUGAUCUCCAGCUUCCAACUUAAGUGGGACUUGAGGGCAUCUGAACCUCUGGAUUUCAGGACAAGUGAGGAAGAUCCUUUGGGCUACAAAGAUGAAGAGUCUACUUCUUCUGGUGCUGAUUUCAAUCUGCUGGGCUGAUCACCAUUCGGACAACUAUACUCUGGAUCAUAACAGAGUUAUCCACAUCCAAGCAGAAAAUGGCCCCCGUCUACUCGUGGAAGCAGAACAAGCCAAGGUGUUCUCACACAGAGGUGGCAACGUUACACUGCCAUGUAAAUUUUAUCGAGACCCUACAGCAUUUGGCUCAGGAAUCCACAAAAUCCGAAUUAAGUGGACCAAGCUAACUUCAGAUUACCUCAAGGAAGUGGAUGUUUUUGUUUCUAUGGGAUACCACAAGAAAACCUAUGGAGGCUACCAGGGUAGAGUGUUUCUGAAAGGAGACAGUGACAAUGACGCUUCUCUGGUGAUCACCCAUCUCACCCUGGAGGAUUACGGGAGAUACAAGUGCGAGGUGAUUGAAGGGUUAGAAGACGAUACUGCUGUGGUAGCCCUAGACUUACAAGGUGUGGUAUUCCCUUACUUUCCACGACUGGGGCGCUACAAUCUAAAUUUUCAUGAGGCACAACAGGCUUGUUUGGACCAGGAUGCUGUGAUUGCCUCCUUCGACCAGCUCUAUGAUGCCUGGCGGGGCGGGCUGGACUGGUGUAAUGCCGGCUGGCUCAGCGAUGGGUCUGUGCAAUACCCCAUCACAAAACCUAGAGAGCCCUGUGGGGGCCAGAACACAGUGCCCGGCGUCAGGAACUAUGGGUUCUGGGAUAAAGAUAAAAGCAGAUAUGAUGUUUUCUGUUUUACAUCCAACUUCAAUGGCCGUUUUUACUAUCUGAUCCACCCCACCAAGCUAACCUAUGACGAAGCUGUGCAAGCUUGUCUCAAUGAUGGUGCUCAGAUUGCCAAAGUGGGUCAGAUAUUUGCUGCCUGGAAACUUCUCGGCUAUGACCGCUGCGAUGCUGGCUGGUUGGCAGAUGGUAGCGUUCGCUACCCUAUCUCUAGACCAAGAAGGCGCUGCAGUCCCACUGAGGCGGCAGUGCGCUUCGUGGGCUUCCCAGAUAAAAAGCAUAAGCUGUAUGGUGUCUACUGCUUCAGAGCAUACAACUGAGUGUGCGCCUAGAGUGCAUCUGUUUUAAAGUCAUUAAGAACAUGUGAAAGGUUUUUUUUUGUUUGUUUGUUUUUCCAGUAUGAACUCAUGCAAGUUACCAAAACUGUGACAACCCUUUUUUACUUACUGUAAAGAGUCAUUUUCAUAAAAACCAAUUCAUGAAUUUGUUUUUGUAAAGCUAUCAUUCAAUAUAUAUUAUAAAUUAAUAUAAUUUUAAGGGAAGCUCUACAUAAGGAGGCUUUUGAGCCAAAAUGUUUAAGCUACAUCAUCCCAACAAAGUAUCCUUUCAUGAGCGGAGCAUGCAAUAGCUUGAAAAGUGCUAGGAUUAAAUUAAAGAAUGUAAAGCUACUCAGAACAGCAGCUUCCAUAAGCACAAGUUUUACACAUUUCUACAAUUUUGAAAUGCACUAUGAUGAAAAAAAAUUAGAGCAACAGAUUUGAAAUACAGACUUCUUUACAUAAAUUGAGAUUCUGAGAGGUUGCACAAAACUCAGUUUCACAAGGGAACAAUCUACACUUUUCUAAAAGUUAAUAUUUCAAUUCUCCAGUAUUUUACUCUUUAAAAAUUUUGCCUUUUUGACCAAAAAGAAUUCAUAUGGAUUCAAAUGCAUAGUAAUAAGCACAGUUAAAACUCCCUAAUAACCCCAUUUAUAUGUAGUAUGAGACUCAAAUAAGCAAAUGAUAUUUAACCAUUAAGAAACUCCUACUUUCUUCUAAUUAAAUUACACAUGUCUCAGAAGAAUUGUUUUAUCUUUUGAGUAGCUUUACUGAGUUAUAUUUAAAUUCUAAGGGCCCUUUGCUAAGCAGCAUUUAGCAUCUACUCAGGGCAGUUACAUAGAUAAACUGCUGGACAGAAAAAUUAUAAAAUUAGCUGCUUGAUUUUGUGUUAGCCUAUGAAACAUUAUUAUCCUUUAUAAAAAUAACUUUAUUUAAUAUUUCUUUCUUAUUUACAUUACAUGAAAAAAGUUAAAUCAUAGAAGGAAUUAAUAACUGUAUACUUGCCUAACCAAGAAACAAAGACCCAACUUUCAAAAUUAUUAUCUCUAUUGAAUAUACACAGCAAAUCCUACAUGGUGCCUACUUUUGGGGGAAAAAGUCAACAAUAUAGUUCUAAACCUUCACCCAAAUAGAAAACGAAGUCAGUGUCUCUUUCUUUGCUGGUCAUCAUUGGGCAUAAGUGAAAUGCUAAAGCUGUCAUCCAACAGUUUACAUUAAAAUCUUCAGGUCUUUAAAUGAAAAGUUAAGUCCAACUUCAGAAAAACAACUUUCCAUAUCAACAGCUCCAAUCUUAAAUAUAGCUCUCUUUUCCUAUAUUUUUAUGACAUGUUGAGACCCCACAGGGACCAAUAUUUGUAUUCAAAUUACAUUUCAUGGUUUCCCAUUGUUUUGCAAUGAGUUCUAAUAAAUGGGAUUUAGUAUAAUAAUCCAAGUAUGACAUAGCUGGAAUGCCUUCACGAAUGUUUUUAUGUAGAUUUUUCUCCCAUGGACAUAAGUAAAUAAAUAUGUUUCCUGAAUUGAUUGUGGUUGCAUUUAAAGCUCUGUAAUAAUUCUAAUAAAUUUACUCUAUAAAUAUAGAGUUAUGUGUGUGGAAGGUAUAAAACAAUUGGAAGUCCAUGAAACCAUAACUAUACUCAUAUAUUAUCUAGACAGAAUAUUGUAAAUAAAAGUAGAUCCUUUCUUUCAUCAGAAGCAUAUUUGAAAAUUUCAGAUGCUUUAAUAAUAAAGGAUGGCAAUGUAUGCAUGCACAUAUUUAAGUUAGUUUGGAUAUGCAAAUUAUGCAAAACUUUAAAUCCAAAGAGAUUCUGAGGUUUAAUUCAAACAUUGCUGGUAUAAAUAGAACUCAUACUUCUAAAGUAUAGAUAGAUGCCUGAGUGGUCUAGAAUAAGAUGAAUAUAUUAUUUAAAGAGGGGACUAUUUCCAAAGGAGCAACUCCAACACCUUAAGCAUGAGGGUUAGCUUACUGGGAAAAAGCUCAUACUUGAACAAUUAUUACCUAUAUUACAAAAAUCUUAUUAGAAAUGUAAGUGGGAAAACUUUCUAUUGAAGCAAGUAUGUAGUCCUCAGUUAUUGUUGCAGAAUAUGCCUUUAUAAUGUUGAGCAUAGCAGCAUUUCUUAACUUUUGAAUACUUAUAAGUAUAGGAAUUGGUGCUGAUCAAAAUCUCUGUAGUGACCAUUAAUUGAUUAAAACCUUUACGAAUUGCCCACCAUUCCCCCAUGCUCAGAAAACAAAACAAUCUUAACAGAACAAACACUGCUGAGCAGAAUUUUAAACUGUUUAUUUUACCCAAAGUAAAUCUUCACUCUCCUUGGACUCCUAAUUGAAUAAGGGGUCUUUUUAAUGUUCUCAUUUUGUUAUUUUGUCCAUCAGAUGUAUAUUUUCCUACUUCAUUACCCAAGGUAUCUCACUGAGAAUGUUUGAGAAAGAAAAGUAUCUCCUAGUACAAUACCUAACAUAAAGGUGGUAUAACAAGCACUAAUUCAGAAGUUACUUUUUAAGACUAUAAUUCCAAAAGUAUCAGGCAAAUGAGAUGGAAGGCUGGGUUACAAAAUCUUGUUUCCAUCAUUUUAUCUAUAAUUAGCUCUUGUGAUCUAUAUAAGGAGCAAAAUAUAUUUACAAAUUUCACUGAAACACACUUGAAAUCCAAAUAAAAAGAAGUAAUUCAUACACAAACACAGUACUAAGAUUGAAAACAAGUUGUCACAUUAACACUGGAAGCCAUCUUUGAAUGACUGCUGCCAUAUUUUAUCACAGUAAUUUUUAGCUAACGACAGCAUUUGUAAACUUAAACUUUCUCUCAUAGAAAGGGGGCUGGUACCUAUUAAAGUUUUGUUUUAUGCAAUACUAUAGUGGCUUGUUAUUUUGGCAAUUAGAAGUAGACUCAAUGGAGCUUCCAGUUUGGUUGCUGGCAGCCAUACUGGCUUUCUUGAUUUCAGUACUCCAAAGAAUAUGGUGGUCUUAUGUAGUAGCUGACCACUAAAGAGGGGAGGAUUAAAAGGGAAUCAGUUAUCAGUUUGUAGUAUAGAAUGCACCAAGAAAGAUCAAUGGACAACUGACAUAGUUGUGUUGAAAAAUUAACUGUAUCAUAGCUCUCUACUGCCAGAACAGCAAUGGUGUACAACAAAAGAAAUGAAUAAUACAAAAGUCAUCAAGCCACAAAGAAAACCAGUAUUUAAAGGCAUUUAAUACCUACUAGUGCAAAUUCGAAGAGAAGAAACAAUCUGUAUUUAAAAAAUGUUUUCAUUUUCUGUAAGAUAAAAUGAACUGGCAA